AUGGCGACAUCCUCCGAAUAUCGCCAGCUGCUGAGUGACUACGGGCCACCUAUAUUUGGGAGGAGGAAUGGACAACGUGGAGAGACCAGAGUGAGGAAGAAGGAAGCAGGCCCUAGGUCUCACUGGAAAACAUGGUUCUGGGGAAGACACCGGACUACUGAGGAGGCACCAUCCCAACUCUCUACUUUCACAAAGCAGGACAAGCAGAUAGAGAAGCUGGAGGAACUUACCAUUAAGCUACAGAGUAUAAAAAAUGAGCAAAUUGAGCUGAGUGCAAUCCUGGAAAGCUAUACCAAGAUAGAUUUUUAUAACAGUUUCCUCCACAGAAUUGGCCUACCAGAUUUGACUCAGUUGAAAAACAAUGUCAAUGCGUUGAAACAGGAGAAUGAAAAGCUGUCGGAGGAGCAGAUUGCACUGCAAGAGACCUGUGAGGAGGUGAAGAAGCUCCUUAAGGAGGUGCAGGAGAAGAUCUGUGACCCCUGUGCUGAGCAGCAUCAGGAAGAAGAAAGCCUGGAUGAAAGACCAAAGAUCCUGAUGAAGCAGAAACAGUUGAUCACCCAGCACAGGGAUUUGGCAGAAAAGAUGGAGCAUCCUUUCAGUGUCUUAGAGAAGAUCUCACAGCCCAAGUCAGAAGGAGUCCUUAGAACCAUGUCAGGAAAUCUCCAGUGUGAGUUGGAAACAGUCUCAGCUCAGGAAGAGAGCCUCCUGCAGAAAGAGCUGUUACAGCAGGAACACUGAUUCUCACAGCAUAUUUUUAGAUAACCGAGAAGGCCAAGGAAGCCACAGACAUUCUAUGUCCUCAAAUCAAGGCCGGCUCAGAAGAAGACAUCCUCUUAUAGCUGUAAUUUACCAGUGAACCAAAUACCAGCUGAACUGCAGGUGAUCCAGCCACAAGAAGACUCAUUGGUCUGUUGACUCAAUUCUCCCAUGGAAAUGAAACCAUCAAAACGGAUCUUGAUAUGCAGAAGACCUGAGAGAAUAAUUCCUGGGAACUCUGGCUUUCAACAGAUUGUGUAGUACAACACCAUGGAGGGUAUACAUGGCUAUACUAGCUUUCAAAUAUUUUUUCCAUCUGGUGACUGAUUUCCUACCAUGAUUCCAAGGCCAGAACAGGCUGUAGGUCUGUGUUGCUAAAUCUGUGCCAAGAGACUGUUGUUUAACUUAGUUUAUGUUGCUUUUCGGUUGGGGUUUAUUUAUUUUGGUUUUAUUAGUAUCUUUGU